GAAGACGUUUGGGAACGUUACCAAUCUGAACCGUGUGUAUGAGAUUAAGAAGGCCAUCAACACACUGGUACAAGAUGGGGAAGAGUUCACCAAGCAUUUGGGCAAGUAUAGAUCCUUGUGGUCUGAGCUUGAAUCAUUGAGGCCAAGCACCGCGGAUCAAGAGCUACUCAUGGAGAGGAGGGAGCAGGAUCAGGUGUUUGGAUUGCUGCUGACACUAGAUCCUCCAUUCAAUGAUGUGAUCAAGCACAUGUUGAGGAUGCCGAGUCUUCCAUCUAUGGAGGAAGUGUGUGCGCAGAUUCAGAAGGAAGAGGGGUCACUUGGUAUGUUUGGAGGGAAAGGAGACAUGGCUCUGUCCAACAAGGCUGAAGCAAUCCAAGCAAACAAAGCUGCUUACCGUGGAGAGGAAAGGAAGUUCAGUGGAAACUGUGACCAUUGCAAGAAGCCGGGACACAAGAGGAGUCAGUGCUGGAUCCUACACCCCCAUUUGAAGCCGGCCAAGUUCAACAAGGAGAGAGAGGGAAGAGCUCACCUUUCUGCAGAGACAAGUGAAGCCGGCGCAUCAGGAGCUGGCUCAUCUGGUCUUGCGGGUGAAAGUGAAGGAAGAGCCUUAACCUCUCACCACCAAGGAGCUGUGAAGAACAUGGAUCAUGAGGUGAUCAAGAAGUCAGACAUUGAUGCCUUGAUCAAAGCCCUUAAAGAGUCUGGAUAUUGAAAGCAGUAAGUUGAUUGGGCAAGGAGUAACCAAAGGAGAC